AACAACAAUCAACUUUGCAAAGACUUGAGCUAAUCAUCAUGGCUACAGGGCAGCUGCCUGCUCAGCGAGGAGAACAAUUACCUAUAAGGGUGAAAGGUAGUUCUAAAUGUCCGAAUCACAAACAAAAUGAGAUCAUCUUUGUUUGUAUUGACUGUGACGAAGAACUUAUUUGCGCCACUUGCUGUGUCCUGGCACACAAAUCCCAUGAAUUUGUGGAACUCUCCAGUGUAACGAGGCAGAAAAACAGUAUGCUGCAAGAAUUUGUCAAUGACACAGAAAAAUAUGCUCUACCUCAACUGAAAAUAGAGAUUCAGUCCACUCACAACGAGUUGACAGAAAAUGGUGCUUACUUUUGCCAACUUCGCACAGGAGUUAAGCAACAGGGAGAGAAGUGUAAACAAGAAAUUGAUGACUUGAUCACGGAAAAUAUCAAAAUCUGUGACAAGAUGGAAAUUAUAAACCAGAAUUUACUGAAAGAUCACAUCAACCAACUGCAGCAACAGUAUGCCACUUUGGACUGUCUUUUGAAUGAGUGUAAACAAACACUUCAAACUGGAACAGCAGUUCUUGUGCAUGACUUAGUAUCGGAUGUCCAAAAACUUGACUCAAAGAUUCCAAAUUUGCCUACACAACGCAGGCCUGACUUUCAGCCAUGUAAAGAUAAACUUGACUUUUUGAAAAAGGUUGUUGGCACACUUUCUACCGAAAGAUUCCACAAGGAAAAAGUGAUAAAAAUCAAACUGCUAAAAGAACCAGUAGCCUGUUCCAAAUUCAAAUUUCGGCAUCACAUCAGCAGGAUCUGCCCAACAACAGAAAGUCAUGCUUGGAUCAGCAACAUUGAAAGCAAUUUGAUUGAGCUUAUUGAUACCAAGGGGCAAACUCAACAGGAUGUCAGACACCUAGACAAAAUUCGGGACAUCAGCAGAUCACCAAAAACAGGACACAUCUGGUUUUGCUGUAAAGAAGCAAAAACUGUCUGUGAAGUUUCCGCAUCAUCAAAGAAACCAGUCAUCAAGUUCAAAACAAAUGACCAGCCGUACAGUAUCUGUGUGACCAAGGAGGAGUCAGUUGUAUUGGGUAUGGAAAACAAAGUAACCAUUUACUCAGAGAACGGCGUUAUUCUCCAUUCCAGCUCACACGACAUGUCUGGGAUUGCUUCAUCAGGGGAGAUAACCCAAUGUCCAAUUACCAGCAACAUUGCGGUACUGAGUGCAGAAAUAUUGAAAAGAAAAGAUUCUGGUGAGGAUGCUUGGAAAGGAAAUGUUAUUAUCUAUGACAGAAAGCUGCAAGUGAAGACCCAUUAUAAAGGAAAAGGAAUUCAAUCCUCAGAAACUCCAACAGAAGAACUAUUUUGUCCUCGAUCAAUAUCCUACGACAGGAAUGGAAAUCUACUUGUGGCAGACAUGAAGAGGAAUACAAUAGAGCUUAUCAGUGGUUUGGGGCAGUACAUCAAAACUUUGUGCUAUAACACACAGGGGCAAGGAGUGAUAGGACUUGAGAAUGGUCAAGUACUGUGGACAACGUCCAAACCCUCUACAGGGAAGUGGGAGAUACAACUCCUUAAAUACUACUCUGCCUGAACUGUGAAGAAAUAUUACUCUUCCUCUGAACUGUGAAGAAAUAUUACUCUUCCUCUGAACUGUAAACAAAUACUACUCUGCCUGAACUGUGAACAAAUAUUACUCUUCCUCUGAACUGUGAAUAAAUACUACUGUGUCUGAACUGUGAAUAAAUACUACUCUGUCUGAACUGUGAAUAAAUACUACUGUGUCUGAACUGUGAAUAAAUACUACUCUGUCUGAACUGUGAAUAAAUACUACUGUGUCUGAACUAACUGUGAACAAAUACUAAUGUGUCUGAACUGUGAACAAAUAUUACUGUGUCUGAACUAACUAUGAACAAAUACUAAUGUGUCUGAACUGUGAACAAAUACCACUAUAUCUGAACUAACUGUGAAUAAAUAUUACCAUGUCUGAACUGUGAUCAAAUGUCUCCUUGUCUGAACUUUGAACAAAUACAACUAUAUCUUAACUGUGAACAAAUAUUACCAUGUCUGCACUGUGAACAAAUAUUACUGUUUUUAAUAAUGACAAAUACUAUUGUAUCUAAACUAACUGUGAAUAAGUUCUUUUGUAAUUUUAGAAUUUGCUAACAAUAUAUAUUUCAUAUUGUAUUAAACUGUACCAAAUUAUUGCAAUGUAACAAGAAAAUAAUAUACUCUGAGAAAGUUGAAUUAUAUCAUGGAUGUCUGAGCCUUAUGAAGAAGAUCUGUAUAGUCACUGCCUCAAUUUCCCAAUAUUCAAAAACUCGUGUUUCAAAAUUGAACAAAUGGCCAUAACACUGUAUAAAGAGAUGUAUAAGACCGUAUUUCAGAAUGAGACCUGCCUUCCCAGGACACACAAGUAUCACAAGUUUUGGAAAUGUAGGUAAAACAGUGAGAAAGUUAUGCUUUGGACAAGUUUUGGUGUAAAAAAAUUAACAAAGGGCCAUUACUCUGUUUUUGUUGGGUAUACAUAUUAACCUCUAUUUCACUAAGUAACACUGUCUUUCUUCUGUUUUACAUAAACAGAACAACAGAUACAAUGGGCCUGGAUCUACCACCUGGUAUUAAUCUCACAAUUGUAACCUUAAAAGUAGACUAAAAUAAAGCUACAGGCAAAAUAUCAGUGUC